CGGCGGGGAGGGCGGAGGGGCCCCGGCCUCUCCUAAAGGCAGCUCGCAAAGUGGGGAAUGGGGAUUGAGGAGCCCACCAGGUCGUUCUUCGACCCGAGAAAGCCGCGGGUGCGCUACUGAGAGACGGGGAGUCGCCUAAACAGGAAUCCACUUCCAUCCCGGAUUUCAGGCCCCAGCGAAUCAUGCGUAUGUUGAAGUUUGAAACUGGAGUAUUACUCCUUAGUACACACAGAUUGAUCUGGAGAGAUCAGAAAAAUCAUGAAUGCUGUAUGGCUGUUCCCCUUUCCCAAAUUAUCUUCAUUGAAGAGCAAGCAGCGGGGAUAGGAAAAAGUGCCAAAAUAGUAGUACAUCUUCAUCCAGUAGGUUCCAAUAAGGAUCCUGGUCCAUUCCAGACUAGUAAAUACUCAUAUAUCAAGCUUUCUUUCAAAGAACAUGGUCAGAUUGAGUUCUUCAGGAGGCUUACGGAAGAAAUGUCUCAGCGCAGAUGGGAGAACAUGCCAGCUUCUCAAACCAUAGAUGUUGACAGGGCUUCACAGAGUGGAAGAAUAAGAGCUGCAGGAAUUGUUGGCAUUGAGAGGAAAUUAGAAGAAAGAAGAAAAGAGAUGGAUAAAAAUAUUUCUGAGGCUUUUGAAGACCUCAGCAAGCUGAUGGAAAAGGCAAAGGAAAUGGUGGAAUUGUCCAAAUCAAUUGCUAGCAAGAUCAGAGAAAAGCAGGGUGACAUCACUGAAGAUGAGACAAUAAGAUUUAAAUCCUAUUUGUUGAGCAUGGGCAUUGCCAAUCCAGUUACCCGGGAAACCUAUGGAUCUGGCACUCAUUACCAUAUGCAACUGGCAAAACAAUUAGCUGGAAUUUUACAGGCACCUUUAGAGGAACGGGGAGGAAUAAUGUCCCUCACAGAAGUUUAUUGUCUGGUGAAUCGUGCUCGUGGCCUAGAGUUGCUUUCCCCUGAAGAUCUAGUAAAUGCUUGUAAGAUGUUGGAAUCGCUAAAGUUACCUCUAAGGUUACGUAUAUUCGACAGUGGUGUUAUGGUGAUUGAACUCCUAUCACAUAAUGAAGAAGAAAUGGUGGCAUCUGCUUUAGAGACAGUUUCUGAGAAGGGAUCUCUUACCGCUGAAGAGUUUGCAAAGCUUGUAGGAAUGUCCGUGCUUUUAGCCAAAGAAAGGUUGCUGUUAGCUGAAAAGAUGGGUCAGCUUUGCAGAGACGAUUCUGUAGAAGGCUUGCGAUUCUAUCCAAAUUUAUUUCUCACCCAAAGCUGAUUAUUCAUUUUCUUUAUUUUUCUCUUAUUUAAAUAUGUUUGCUAGAUGCAGUCUGAAGAAAAGAAUGUCAAGAGAUAUAUACAUUUAUAUCAUGGUUUUGCUAAAUUGUAAUGAUGUACCACUAAUUCACUAGGCAGGGAAGAAUUGAUUAGCUAUGUGUAGAAAGAAAAUAACACUCCUAAAAGCUUAUAGAUAUCAUGAAACUGCAGCUAUUUCAGGUCUUGAGAGCAAAUUGGCCAUGAAUGUCAUUUAUUGACAUUUAAUGACUUUUUUUUUCAAGAAGGAAGGAAGAAAGUGAACUGAUUUAAAAAAAAACAUGGAGGGGAGAUUAACUGUGGGCUAUUUGCAAGGCCAGACAAAUCAACAAGCAGUCUAUUUGUUAAAUGCAGUCUCCCUAUUCCAUCUUUUGCCAUGGAUUUGCAUCGGCAACUUGAAACCAAUAAAAUAUUAACAGGAGGAAAAUAAUAUUUCUAGAGCAGUUUAAUGCAAAAUAAUGUUAAAAAUGUAAUUAUUUUAGAAAUGUCCAUAUUUUAGGAACAAAACUUCCUUAUCUACAUUUACUUGUAAUUAUUUUCAAAGAAAGAAUGGAUCAAAAAACUUUUUUAUGUAUGGCUUCAUGCUGAAUGUUAACACAAGGAGCCUGUGAACUCAAAUUUCCUUCCUUCCAUUCUUUGAUUGUUGAUUCUACAAAGUUUCUAUUUUUGUCUUUUCUUUGGCAUAGCUGUGAAAGACAUUUGCCAUGGGUCCUUCUAAGCCAGACAGUGUUUUAUGUUUCAUCUUUAUAUUAAAAAAUAAAGAUGAAAGAUUUAAUCAUUCUUUAUCUUGGAAAAGUUUGCUGAUACUGUAUCAGUUUUUAUAUGAAACAAGAAGAGAACUUUGGUUUCACAAGUUAUCUGUUAUUUUUUUACUAAGAUUAUAUCCUAUUAAAUACCAACAAUCUCAUUGCCCUGUUAUUCUGUUUCCCCACCAGAUGCACAGUUCAGACUUGGAUAGCCAAUAGAGUUUUAGCAUCAAGAGUGUCUAAAACAUACAUUAAUACCAAAAUAAGGUAUUAAAGUUGUCAGUGUGGCUAUUCGUAUUCAUAGAAAUCAUUUGAAUAUUUAUUCUGAUAAUAAAAUUCAAUUUAAUUUUAAAUGUGUAAACUAAAAUACAAAUACAAGGAUUGUACUUUGUUACAUUACAUUUCUAACUCUAUAUUUGUAUUUUCAGUUGAAUUCACUGAAAUUUUAAAACCUAGAGAAUAACAGUCAUUUUGCCAGUGCAAUCUUUUAAAAAGUUGCUGUCAUCUCCCAUUUUGAUUAUUUGAUGAAACUAUAUUUUUGUUGUGCAAUAUAACAGCUGAUUUUAUACUUCUAAUUUUUUGCUACUUUCAGAUAUUAAAGUGUAUGUGAGGCAUUCCUGCUAAGAAGGAACACACAGUAUUUUUCUGUGACUAUAGUUGGCAGCAGUUUCUGUCGAUUUCAAUAAAUCUGUUUAAAGCAA